CUGCAGCACCAAUCAGAGACCUGGGACGGCUGGUGUCAAAACCCGGAGCUGAAGGAAGAAAGCACAAGCAUUAAAAUAGAACAGCCUGACCCACCAUUCCCCGCACAUCCUGACUCCGAGCACACAGAUAGAUGGCUAAUGCCUGUCAUGGAGACAGGUUCACCAAAACCUGAUGGCUGGAAUCGUUUGGAAAAACGCAAAGGAAAAGCUAAACUGAAGCUUAAGAAAAAACAUUACUGCUUAUAUUGUAGGAAACCUUCCCUCCGAAUGGCACAGCAUCUCCUAUCAGCACAUGCUAAUGAACCAGAGGUAGCAAAGGCCCUUAGUUAUGACAGAAAGUCAAAAGAAAGGAAACAGUUGCUGGAUCUUCUGCAGAGCAAAGGAAGCCUCCUGCACAAAGAUGUGGGGAUGAAUAGAACUUUAGUGUCAUCUAAUCAGCAAGCCAAAGCUAGAUAUAAGGACACUGUACAGUGCAUUUACUGUCUUGGAUUAUAUAGCAGGAAGGUCAUCACUAGUCAUGUAAAGAGAUGCAAGCAUAAAUAUCCAUAUAGAGCUGAAGCUGGCACUGCGAGACCCAUAGCCAGUACCACUGCUUCCCAGCCAGGUGCCUCUUUAAUUAACGAACAACUAGCAGCUAAUCAAGCUAGUCUGCCUAACUCACAUGGGUCAUGUAGUGCAAAACAGGAAAAGCCUAAUCCUCAGUGUCUUAGCAGCCAUGUUUCAGACACUCAUCACAGUGCAGCUCAGCUUUACGCUGACACAGAAUCUUCAGCUUCUCCCUGUGAAGACUUCGGGUUAGUCGGUGAGCAGCUACUUGCUGAGCUUGAAUCGCAUGAUUUCACUCCAGACACCAGCUUGAUCAGAAACGACCAUAUGAACAUAAACAUGACCUGCAGCUCGCCGGCUGACAAUCAGACUGAAACUUGCAAGAGUGAGGACAAGGAGACCCUCGCUGAACAAAGCAGCCAGAACGGACACACGGUAGUGAACAGGAGGAGGAGCUUUCACAAUCAAUCAAAAGUGAUCUACACCCAUUCAGACGAGGAGGAGAGUGCAGCACAAAACACACAACUGCACAUCUGCCAGCACUGCAGCGCAACCUUCUGCAGUCCCUACCACCUGCGCAGACACGAGUACACUCAUACAGGUGAAAGGCCUUUCUGGUGUAGUGAGUGUAAUGUGGGAUUCAUUCAGAAAUAUCGCUAUAGAAACCACCGAAUGAUCCACCACGAGAGACAUAUUAACGUUUACAAGGAUCAAUCGAGAAGACGUAAAACACAAUCUGGCAGUGGAGAGAGGCCAGCAGAGACCGAGCUCCUUCAGCAGCGGUUGGCUGAGAGCCCUGCAGGUACAGCUGAGCCUUUCAACUAUUCAGAGGAAAGAGUUUCACUCAACUAACAAAGGAAACUUAAGGACAUUUCACAAUGAAAGAAUAACUGACUGCAAAGAAGAGAGAGAAGCCAGUGGGUGAAUGGUGUUUGAUUCAGACCUUGUAAUAAUUCAUAUUACCCGUUCACCAACUUGUUAAUUUUGUAUUGGGUUUUAUAUCUUGUUUAAUCUAAUAUUUUUAAACAGUGAACAUUAACAGUACAUUUGGUAUUAUUGUGCAAGUUCAAAAUAAAAAUGUACUAAUA